CGGCUGCUCCUCCAGGGCUCUGCGCCAGGACCAGCUGGGAGCAUCCGGCCAGGACAUUCCAAGGUGCAGGCUGUGUGGUGCAGGGCGCCAAGCCCUAGCUAUAAAUACCCUCCUGGAAGAGUCCUGCAGGGGAUCGUCUGUCCACAGAGCGUGGAGCCGGCAGGCAGGGACAGCAGGGGCUGCGGGACCCCACCAUGGCUCCAUUGAUCCCCUCGCUCUUGCUCUGCCUCGGCCUCGUGUCCUCAUGCUCGGCUGGCUGCGUGGAGGUGGACUCCCACACCGAAGCCGUUUUCGGGAUGACCUUCAAGAUCCUCUGCAUUUCCUGCAAGAAGCGGAGUGAGACCUCGGCCGAGGCCUACACCGAGUGGUACUUCAAAGAGAAGGGCAUGGAGACCUUCGCCAGGAUCCUACGGUAUGACCCUGACACACUGCUGGAGGUGGUGGAUGAGCGGUUCCAGGACCUGGUGGUGUGGAAUGGCAGCAAAAACACGCGGGACCUGCAAGAUCUGUCCAUCUUCCUGACUAACGUCACCUAUGAACAUGCGGGUGAAUACCUGUGCCGCGUCGACCGCAACCUCACCUUCGACGGCUACAUCUUCAACAUCGUCAUCAACAAGACCAUCCACGUUGAGGUGGUGGACAAAGCGAACCGGGACAUGGCCUCCAUCGUGUCAGAGAUCAUGAUGUACGUGCUCAUUGUGGUACUCACCAUCUGGCUGGUGGCCGAGAUGAUUUAUUGCUACAAGAAGAUUGCGGCAGCCACGGAGGCAGCUGCACAGGAGAAUGCCUCCGAGUACUUGGCCAUCACGUCGGAGAGCAAGGAGAACUGCGCCGGGGUGCAAGUGGCUGAAUAGCUCAUGUGGGCCGUUUACGGGCCUGGGGAACCUCAUGUGGCAGGCCCGAGGCUACGGCGUGGAAUGAAGAGGGGAGUGACUCGAGACGGGGUGCCCCCCAGCUGGCUCCCCACACACCCUGCACGCCUGGGGGUGCCCCUAAACAAAGCAUGUUGUUGUGAAUCCUAGCACUCGCUCUCCCAGCCCCACGGCGGGCAGUGGGCACUUCGCUCUUUUAGACACAUCCCUUUUCCUCAUGACGAGCAAGGCUGCCCCACCGCAAUGCAUGAUGGGGGAAGCAACAUGGCUGCUGCUCCUGCAAUGCAAAGCUUGGGCUGUGCCCUUCAACUCUGGGCACUUGCACUCGUGCUUCCUGGUUUGCAUAUUUCUCAUGCUUCGGAUUGUUUUGAUGAUGUUGCUGCAGGACGUUUUGGGUCUGAGGAGUGGGGGCCUGGUGGGGUUUCCUGGGAUAAAGGGAGGGAAAAUCAGAUUUCCAGGCAGCUUCCAGCCUGUUUCCAGGGGACUGAGCUAAACAUCUGCUUCUCAGGGACUUGGGAGAAGUCUGACCACCCACUGGGUUCCUAGGCCUGAGAUGGACUCAGAGCAGGUCUGGGAUAGCCAUAAUUGGACUUGGAACAGGAUGAGGGAUGCCUCCAAGAUGGCUGCCCAAUGGGUCCCAGCCUGGCCACACUCCAAGGCACUGUGGGGAUGAGGGAAAUGUCCAAGAUUGCCACAAAGGGUUCCUGAGGCCCAAGUGGGAUGAGACAGAUGUCCAAGAUGUCUACCUAUCAGAAUCCCUGGCAUAUUCCCUGAAGGAGCCCCUGUUUCCAUUCACACAUGGGACGUCCCCCAUUAUCCUAGGGGACUGCUUCGCUGCUUUGUUAAUUCCUGGAGCAGAUGCCUCUGAGGUCCCCCAUGCUCCAUCCUCUCCCAAAGGUGAAGGCAUGGUGGUUAGGGCUGAGCUAGGGUGUGCAGAUGACUCCUCCCUUUGUGGGGGGCUGAGAUAUGGGGGAGCAGCCCCUACAAAAGGCCCCUGAGGGAUUUGCUAGUAAGUGCCCCCUGAGUCUCCCAAUGAGUGCUCUAGACUCUGCCCUCUCCUCUCCAUACACUGACCCCAUGCCUUCCAGCCCCCUAUGCAAUAUUCCCCAGUGCCAUAUCCCCCUAUUGCAUCUAGCACCCUAGUGCCAUGUCCCCCUGGCCCAGGGGACCCAUCACCCCAACCCAGCCACUCAGGGCUCUUCAGGGACUACAGCAGAGUGAGCCCGGCCCUCCCUUCUCAGACCCUUGGGCUGGUCUCAGGGACCCACCCGUCACUGUGCCGAAGGGGCUGUUCAUGGAAUAAAGAGACUGACUUUCA